UAUAACAUAUACGUUCUCUGGAGUAACUCGCUGUCUUUUAGCUGUCAGGUGGGAAGCAGACAUUUUCUUCUGAAGUGAUUUUCUCGUGCCCGUGGUUGGUGGUGAUUUUUUUCCAAUAAGAAUUCACCGAAACAGCGUAACGUAACAUAAAACCAACAAUGUUCUCAUCACUGUUUGAAGCUGCCAAAAACUCGCCUUUGCGUACACCAUUUACCAAAGUCCAAUGCGACACCACCGGUAAGUCUGGUCCAGUGCCCGGACGCCAGAUUCAAGCAGCAUCAACACCUAGCGGUGAUUCGUGCGAAUUCGGCAGCAACAAAUACUUUGCGCUAUGUGGUGUCGGCGGUAUCCUGUCCUGCGGUACUACGCACACCUUCGUCGUACCGUUGGAUUUGGUGAAAUGCCGUCUACAAGUUGACCCCAAAAAGUACAAGAAUUUGAUCAACGGCUUCAAGCUUACCGUGGCUGAAGAAGGCGCACGUGGUUUGGUUAAGGGCUGGGCACCAACUUUCUUCGGUUACUCAGCACAGGGUCUCUGCAAGUUCGGUUUGUAUGAAGUUUUCAAAGUGUACUACUCCAACAUUUUGGGUGAGGAGAACUCCUACCUGUACCGUACCUGGUUGUACUUGGCUGCCUCGGCUUCGGCUGAAUUCUUUGCUGAUAUCGCUUUGGCUCCUAUGGAAGCUGCCAAGGUCAAGAUCCAAACCACCCCUGGCUACGCUAACAACUUGCGUCAGGCUUUGCCUAAGAUGAUUGGUGAAGAAGGUGUAGCUGCUUUCUACAAGGGUCUGGUACCAUUGUGGAUGCGUCAAAUCCCAUACACCAUGAUGAAGUUCGCUUGCUUCGAACGUACCGUUGAAUUGUUGUACAAGCACGUUGUACCCAAGCCACGCGUUGAAUGCACCAAGGGUGAACAAUUGGUGGUGACAUUUGCUGCCGGUUACAUUGCUGGUGUCUUCUGUGCCAUCGUCUCUCAUCCAGCUGAUGUCGUCGUUUCGAAAUUGAACCAAGCCAAGGGCUCCACCGCCAUUCAAGUGGCUAAAUCGCUCGGCUUCAUGGGUAUGUGGAACGGUCUGACGCCACGUAUCAUUAUGAUUGGUACACUCACUGCCCUGCAAUGGUUCAUCUACGAUGGUGUCAAGGUUGCCUUGGCUCUACCACGUCCACCACCACCAGAGAUGCCAGCUACCCUCAAGGCUAAACUCGAGGGCUCAACACAAUAAGCAGUAAUUUCUAGUUUUAAUUCAACUCAUCAGCAAACUACCACUACGACUCUAAAUUAAAUAAGUUCAGCCAGCGAUAUUAAAAUGAGGCGAUUUCAAGUCGUCGUCACAAGUAAAAGUAGUUAAGACGCAAACCAAAACAAGUAUAUAAAAUUACCACAACAGUACGAUUGAAUAUACCGAGAAUAUACACAUUGGCUCGGGCAUACGUAACGGCACGCUUAUUUCGGGGGACACUUUACAAUGCUGUACGUUACGCAAUUGCAUAUAAUUAGGAAAGAGAAUACUUAGUAAAUAAGCAGAAAGAGAUAAAAUUGUAACACGAAGGAAAUAUAAUACACGCGAACACUGUACUAUACAUAUGUAUCUAAUCUUCCACGCAUUUACAGCAGCAACGUAAUUCUGGCAUUCCAGUGGGUACUGUAAAUGUGCCACUCACUAUAAACUUUGCAUUUCUAUUUUAAACUUUUUAACUAAACCGUUACUAUAAAGUAAAUUUAAUGAACAUUCUUGUAUUUCACUCUGCCUAUAUACCGAUAUAAAUGAUUUUCAUAAACUUAAUUUAUCUUGUAUAGUAUUGUAAAAUGUAUUUAAGUUAAAACCCGAUUUGUGUGCAAAAGGCGAACAGAAGUUGUAAUAUGCAUUUGUUAAGGAAAAAAACAGCAUUAUGGAAAAUUUACUAAAAAUUAUUGUAAAAUUGUUUAGCAGCAUUAAAUAAAAAGUAUAAGAUGUGUAUAUUGUUUUAACUAAAUGUGUUAUGUAAUAUAUUUUUUAAAACCCCGUUAAACAGCGUUGUCAACGUUGUCCGAAGAAUAUAGUAAAAUA